CUUCUCUCCCUUUAUGACUCGUCUCACAAUGAUGAGAUGUCUCUGCCGGGUCUUGGACUGUCGGAACCGGAGGAGGUCUCUACCGUCGAAACCCACCAACAUGACCUAACAAAAGAAUGUGAAUGGCGAUUCGAAGUCGCUGUCGGCAAAUACGUUCAAGUCAAGGUCCUGAGUGGAAAUGCCGAGAUAUUUGGCACCGAACUCGUCGUCGGUAACACGUAUAUUUUCACUGGCACGAAAGCUGCAAUCUACACCUGGACUGGCUGCGCCUUCGAAGUCAGCGGAGAUGCUUUACAGAGCGAAUACAGGGCCGAAGAGACGCCAAUGAACGAGUAUAUCAAUGUCCAUUUCGCGUUGGAAAACCUACGCGAGCAAGCUAAGGCCUCCGGGCGACAAGGACCCCGGGUCUUGAUCUUAGGACCCGACGACGCGGGGAAGACGACCCUCGCAAAGAUCCUCACAGGCUAUGCUUACCGAUCCGCACGGUCACCUACCGUGGUGAAUUUGGACGUCAAAGAGGGAUUGAUGAGCAUACCGGGGACAAUGACGGCCACCGUAUUCAAGAGCACGGUGGACGUCGAGGAAGGCUGGGGUACUGCACCGAUGAGUGGCCCCAACGGCGCCAUCCCAGUCAAACUGCCUCUGGUCUACUUUUUCGGCAGCUCCAAACCCGAAGAAAAAGAGGGCAAGGUCUACAGGGCACAGCUGAACAGGUUGGCACUCGCAGUCACUGGCCGUCUCGGCCAGGACCAAGAAGCCAGAGAGAGCGGGGUCAUCAUCGACACCCCAGGUGACUUGACCACCACGAAAUCCAGCACGAUUGGAUACGAGAUCAUCCAGGACAUUGUUUCCGAGUUUGGUGUUUCAACCAUCAUCUGUCUCGGGUCGGAGAGGCUGUACAGCGACAUGGUCAGACGAUUUGACGGCCAACCCACGUCGUCUCGGUCGACGGGUGGUUCCACCGGAACCAUCUCGGUGAUCAAACUUUCAAAGUCGGGCGGCUGCGUCGACCGCGACGAAGCGUACCUGCGGUCAUUCCGAGCUGCACAGGUGAAGACGUAUUUCUACGGCAACCCACGUCUGAGCAAUGGCAUUUCGCUACUCCCUCGGCAGCAGCAGGUCGACUUUUCGACGUUGACCGUCUGGCGGCGCAUCUCCUCCACGCCGGAUCCUACGUCGACCACGUUCCCCGGCGAUGAAGACGAAGAUACGUUCUUACCAGGUGGUGGAAUGGACAACGAGAUAGCCCCCGGUGCUGGUGGUGGUGGUAUGUCCAAGGUCCCGCUCCCUUCUUCGCAGAUUUACGAACGGAUGACGGUCCCCUACGCCGCCAUGCGCAGUUCAAUCCUGGCCGUCAUGAACUGUGAGCCGGAAGCCGAGCAAGAAAUCAUCCGCGAUAGUAGCGUCAUGGGCUUCCUGUACGUCACCGACACUGACGAGGCUAGGGGACGGAUCAGCGUGGUAAGUCCCGUGGCCGGUCGGGUCCCGAACCGUGCCAUCGUCUGGGCGGGCUGGCCAGAGCCCAUUUUGGGGCUGGACAAGUUAUAAAGACAUGCUGUUCCGUUUCAUCGCGAACUAUCAGAGAUGAGGAUACACAAAGUGGAUCAGGUUACAGAUGGCGUCAGGGGACAAGACAUAUACUUCAAGAAUGAAGGCUUACUGCUUAAAAAAAGCUUUUGAAAACCCAGAUCCAGGCUGAAAAAUUAGACAGCAAGUAGCUGCUUUUUCGGUCUUGGAUGAUUGAGCAACGAGUUCCCGGCCCUGGGCUAUUUACCUCUAGAUCUAGGUACCUCAAGAUAACCAAAGGCAUGGAAACAAACGCCUCCAGUGUACUUUUGUAUAUUUUCUUUACUUUGAAACCUUAGGAUGA